AAAUUAGGAUAAAUAAUGUGGUCUUAUCAAGUGUGUGCAAUAAUUUGUGUUAUUUUUGGUAUAUACGCGUGUAUAACAAAUUUGUUUUCAGACGGAUUAUUCAGCAUUAAAAAUGCUAUACUUAAGAAUUUACCACUCAUUAAAGGUAAAGACAUGUACGACGAGUGGAUAUUACCUGUAAAUUUAAUCUUUAAAUGUUACUUCUUUAAUGUUACGAAUCCUGAUGAAGUGAUGGAAGGGAAUAACCCAAAUCUGGUUGAAUAUGGUCCAUUCACUUACAGAGAAGUAUUCGAAAAACAAAUAGUGGAUGUGGAUGAAGAACUUGACGAAAUUAUCUAUGAUGUAAAAUCAACAUUCACUUUUGACAAAUAUGCAAGUUUGAAUAUAUCUAAACGUGAUACAGUUACUAUAUUAAAUCCUGCAUACAUUGGAACUAUAUCGAUGGCAAGUAUAAUUGGAUUAACCACUUUACCUCCAAGUUAUAUAGAAAAAUUUGGUAAUAAUAUACCGAAAUUAUUUCCAAAUCGAAGCAGUAUUUUUUUAAAAGCUAAUCCUAAAGAAAUACUUUUUGACGGAGUUAAACUUACAUGUAAUGAAAGAAAAUUCCCUGAAUUGAGUACGAUAUGCAAAACACUGAAGGCACUUCGAUCACCUGUCUUAAAAGAAGGCGAAAAGGAAGGCGUUUAUUAUCUUAGUAUUUUUCAAAGAGUCAAUGGUACUAUUCGAGGACGAUUUUCUGUUAACAGAGGUGUUAAUAAUAUAAGUGAAUUAGGUAAUAUAGGAUCUUAUAAUGGGAGAAGAGUGCAAACAAUAUGGAGAACUGAAAAAUGUAAUACAGUAAGAGGAUCUGAUACAAUUACUUGGGCACCAUUAAUAAAUCCAAUGCCUUCAGUUUUAUCAUUUAUACCAGAUCUAUGCAGAAGUAUAGAAGCGGAUUAUGAUAAGGAAGUUUCGAUAUACGGUUUAAUCGGAUCCCGAUUCGUCAUGAGAGAAAGAACCUGGUUCCUAAACCAAUCUCAGUGUUAUUGUUUGGAAAGAAACAAAGUACCAAAUUGUUUGCCGCAGGGUUUAAUCGAUGUCUCAGAUUGUCUGGUAAUGCUACGUUACGUUAUGUUGCAGAAAGUACCGAUAAUCAUGUCAGAACCUCAUUUUUUACACGGUGAUCCGCAACUCUUGAUGUAUGCACUUGGCUUAAAUCCGAGUGAAGAUUUGCACGAGACAUUUAUCGUUAUAGAACCAUACACUGGGACGCCUCUUUCCGGACAAAAGAAAAUACAGUUAAAUUUGAAAUUGGAAAGACAACCAGUCGAUUUGCUUUCAAAUAUCAGCGAGGGAUACUUUCCUCUUCUGUGGUGCGCGAACGUAAGAAUCUUUUCGAAAAUUAUCAAACUUCAAUAUUAACAUAAGAUAUGAAGACGACGAGAAGGAUAUUUAUAUCAAUUUUAUAACAUUAUUUACUAUUAAUUUAAUUCAAGUACUUUAUUCUUUUUCUUAAAAAGGAGAGAAAACUUUGAUCUUUUGUCGUCGUAAAAUUUUUUCAAAAUUUUAGCAAAACGAUCGAAUAUCGAUUAAUUUAUUUAUUGUUAUAAAUAGAACCCUCUUGCUCGUUUAAUCUUACGUUAUAAUUUCAAAAAUUCGUAAAUAUUUCAUCGGUGCACAACAAAUUUUCAUACGUUUGAUAACGAAAUAUGUGAAGUAAAUAUAGAAAAUUAGAAUUGACAAAUUAUCGUGCGAGAGAGUUCAAAUAUCAAUUUAUAAGUACGAUCUUUUCUUUCUCUAAAUCAUACAUAAAAAUGCGCGCUAUAAUAUGAUCACAAUCUUUCUCGAAUAUCGACAAACGAACUAAGAUGGCUAACAAAUAUUCUUUUACAGGGAAAUACGCCAGAUUUAUCCGUUAUAAUAUUAACGUUUCAAUUACUCCGUCUUGUAAAACUCAUCAAAUUCAUAGACGUGAUUCCUUUGAUAAUUGGAAUUCACAUGACUAUCGUGGCUAUGCUUUACUGCAAUUGUAAAAAACGCAAACAGCAACCAACAAUUUCAAUCGCAGAUUCAUUAUUAAUAUCAUCGAAUUCGAACAAUGCACAGAGAUCUACAUAAAUCGCGUGAUUUCAAUGAUUUCAAUGUUCGCUAAUUAACAAUAACAAUGACGCAAAUAGUGAGUGAGUAAGAUUAUGGUAUAUCUGCGCCCUCUUGCGCAAUAAUUUGUGAAAUUUGUAAAAUUUAUUUCGUAUAAUUUCGUUUCUAUUAAAUUUUUUUAUUUUGUGGCAUGAAAAUUAUUUACAAGUAACUUAUCAUUUAUUUAAAUUUUGCUAAAAAUAAUAUCAGUCUUAUUGUUCAAGAGGGUUUUGAUAACAUUUCCAUUUCCAUUAUUUAAAACGUUAAAAAUAAUUUGGAAAAUAAUAUUAAAUAAUUAAAUGAUGAUGAUCAAAAAUAUUGUUUGUCGAGAAGAAUAUUCAAUAUGUACAUAUCUCUUAUUUCUUAAUUAUUUAUAAUUUUUUUAUCUCCUAAUCUAGCCUCACUAUUAAUAUUUAAUAUAUGUACAUAUUUCUUAUUCAUAUUAUAAAAAAUUUAGAUAACAAAAGAUCUGUAAUAACUUGAAUUCAAUAUUUAGAAGUUACUUUUUAAAAAAAAAAGAUACAGAUACAGAUUUUUGCAGAUUUUGCAACCAUAAAAGCAUCGAUUUUAUCAAUGAAGAUAUAUCCAGCACAUUUUUGCACAAUUUAAAAAUUUAAAAAAAAAAAAA